CUCUAUGAAGCUCUACACGUUGGUGAAUAUCAUGUAGAACGGGAACAGGACUUAACAAAAAAACUGGAAGACUUGAAAUAUCAACUUAAGCCUCUAGAAAAGCAAAAACUGGACUUAGCUUCCCAAGCGGAACGUAAAAUAAACAUAAUGACUUGGGUUGGUCUAACUUUAAUGUCAGUGCAAUUUGGCAUAUUGGCACGACUAACAUGGUGGGAAUAUUCUUGGGAUAUAAUGGAACCUGUUACCUAUUUUGUUACUUAUGGCACAGCCAUGGCUAUGUACGCUUAUUAUUGCAUUACAAAACAGGUA